GAAUAUUAUGACGUAGUUUCCGGUAUCACGCCCCGACUCACCAAAAAAAACUGUCGAACUGGGAAGGAGCAGUCAAAAGGGGUCGAAAAUACUCAAAUAAUCUACAAACCCCAAGAAACAUAGCUGCUUCACUCUCCAUCAGGAUUACAUCGUGAUUGGACACAGAACCAUCUCCCCGCCAAUGACAGCUCUUUAGAGGGGAAAACACCCUGUCCACCACAGUCAUUGGCUGAGCUGGACUUGAGAUCACAAUGAUGAAGAGGAUCUGAGGGAGUCUUCCUCCUCAGGUGUAGGAGGCAAGCCCUGUCCUUUCCCAUCCCCUUGACACACCCAUUAAUAUGAACCAUGGACCCAGGAGCAGUUGACAGUCCCGUCACCUUAGUCAUCAAGGCCCCCAACCAGAAGUAUGACGACCAGACAAUAAACUGUUUUCUCAACUGGACGGUAGAGAAACUGAAGAGUCACAUCUCGAAUGUGUACCCAAGCAAGCCGUCAUCCAAGGAUCAGCGGCUGGUAUACUCGGGCCAUCUCCUCCAGGACCACCUGCAGCUGAGGGAUGUCCUCAGGAAGCAGGAGGGUUAUCACAUGAUGCACCUGGUGUGUGCCUCCCGUAGCCCACCAGCCUCGCCCACGCCCCACUGCUCCACCCCCAGCUCUGUGACCUCUGACCCCAGCUCCAGCUCUGGGAGUUCAGACAGUGCUGGCUCCACCCCCCAAGCCACAACACCAAAUCAGGACGGUCAGUCCGCUGCCUCCUCAGUAGCAGGAAGUUAUGAUGGACUAAGGCAUCGUGGAGGCUUCCCCCAAUUUAACCCUCAAAAUCCUACCUCUACUGGUAUAAUGCAAUGGCCAGAUGGGACGCAGGUCCCGAUACAGGGGGGUAUGGCUGCAGGUGUGCCCCCCCACCCCAUGUACAUGCCCAUGCAGGUCCUCUGGUGGCAGCAGAUGUAUGCACGCCACUACUACAUGCAAUAUCAAGCAGCAGUUGCGGCCUCACAGCCCCCCUCCACCCCUCCCUACUCCCCCAGUCCCACCCACUCCCCCCAACCCGCACAGCCAAAUGAAGCUCCGCCUCCCCUGGGGCCUAACCCCGCCCCUAACCCUAUCCAAGAGGACAGGCCGGCCAAUCCUAAUAUCCAGAUGAAUGCCCAGGGCGGGGCCGUGCUAAAUGAGGACGAACUGAACCGUGAUUGGCUGGACUGGAUCGGGGUUAGCUCAUCAGGACGAGGCAGAGGGACACCAGGACAUCCAGGAGAUGGAGCGGAUCAUGGAUGAAGGGCUGGAGGAUGAGGAGGGCGACAGUGGAGAGGAAGGCCCAGAGGACCCGGCAGCUCCCGCUGCCCCCCGCCACCACGGCUUCCUGGCCGCCGCCUGGUCCUUCAUCAGCACCUUCUUCACCUCCCUCAUCCCAGAGGGACCCCCCCAACCCGCAAACUAAAUCAGGGAGGGAGACACCCCCGCCCCCCCCCCCCAGCAACAACCUCCCAUACUGCCAACUACCAGACUGUAAAAAGUGCUGCAGUGUGGGGGAAGUCUUGAAUAAAUCAAUGAACAUCGAACAAACUAACAUGUUAUGCCAUGUUAAACAAGCUAACAAUGCUUUAUAUUCCAGAGGCUUCUCUGAUUUCAGCAUACAAACCGGUACACACACACACGUUAUUUCCUUUGAUCAUGUCUGCUCAUUCAGAUUUUGGUGGCAUUGAAAGGCCUCGAAAGGUCGUCCAUUUUAAGUAGUGAUACAGCCAUUGCAUUUAUCGUUUUGGUUUUGGAGAAUAGAUGAAAGGACAUACACACCUAAAUGUGUAUGAAUAUUGCAAUGACUCUAGCACAUAUGUUUAUCUCUGUGUAUAUGAGCAUUAUCUAUUUACAUAUAAAUAUAUACAUCUUAAUUCCUGACAAAAUGCGUUUUUGAUUAAAAGCCUUGUGGUUUCA